AUGCGGGAGGUCAACUUCAGCAUUCCGAAUGUCAACAAGGCAUCUGUCAACAUCACCACCACCCUCUACGAUCGACGGGCAUUAGACUGUACAUCGACGUUGCCUCUCAUCAACUCGCUCAACCAUCUAGCCUACUUAACGACCUCGUCUGCUCGGAUCCGUGACAUUCUCACCGUCGAUGGCGGCAUUGAGCGAUUGAUCUGCAUCCUCAAGGAGGGUCGGAGUAACAACUUGAUGGAGAUGUGGAAAUGGAGCCUCGCCUUCCAAUGUGUUGUCAACAUUGGAGUACGGGGCUCGGAAAUUGUCAGGACCAGAGUGGUUGAGGCAGAUAUGGUGCCUGUCAUUGCCACUAUAUUGGAUAAUUAUAUUAAAGUAAUCGACAAAGUGCGCGCACGUUCGGAUUCGGAGGCUCAACGACACAAACACCAGCACUACCCUCACAAGACCUCUCCAUCCACGAGCGAUAGCGCGAGUCGCCCCUCACUUCCCGAUAUCACCAACACUGAACAGCGCACUUCUCGCCGUCAACCCCCUCCCACCCACAUCGAAAUCCCUCCAUUCUAUCAUGACACUCGUGCGGUGGACUCGAACGCCAUGGAUGUCACUUCUUCUCCCCGAGUACCAGUGACAUCUCCCCCCGAGAGGAGUACCUUUGGCCAGGACGCACAUGCUCACAGAUCCCAUGCAAACCCCCGUCACAGAGCGAUUCAGCCCCUGGCCACAGCCAUCCCCUCGAUGGAUACUGCUGAUGGCUUUGGACUACGCCCCGUGCGUGACGCUGAAAGACUACCUAGCAUGCUCCCCGCCAUCUUCAAUGGACUCGCAUCCCAACCAGACUCCCCAACCACCCCUAACGACCAUAGACACAUCCGAAACAACGCAUCGACCACCCAGCGCCCAACCCUUCGGCAGAAUCAGUCGACCUCGGGAGAGUCGGAUGAUGCCACUGGCGAAGACGCUGUAAUGGGAGAUGAUACUACGUCGGGAGACGCUGCUGAGCCUAUUAUCGGUGUCCAGAGUGGUAUGGAUCUUGACGAUGAUGGUGAUAGACAAACCAUGAUUGAUAGUGUUUCUGACUCACACGAUUUGACGGUAACGGACACAUCAGAAGGUCAGGAUGCGGAAACAUUCAACAUCACCCAUCGUUCUACCGUUGAUGGGAGUAUCAUCAACAAUGACAAUGCUCAGGCUGUCAACAACGCCAACUCUCCCCCUAUUGUGCCCAGCCCAUACUCUCUCUACUUCCGCGAUCGACCGAACACCGCCUCACAAAAUUUCUUGAACACGAUGCCACGCGAAGAAGACGUCUUGAUGUCACUUCAACUUCUGGCUUAUGUUUCCAAGUAUUGCGACCUCCGCUCCUACUUCCAGAGUUCACACCUUGUGCCUAAGCUUAAGGUUGACCGAGAACUUCAAAUGUUGGACGAGGGAGCUUCACCGAUUGAGCCUCUUGAGGAAGAAGACGAGUACCUACUCCCCGACGAUGUUAACAUCUUCCCCUUGGUGGAGAAGUUCACUGCUCGUCAUCAUUCGAAAGACAUGUCGUACUGGGCUUGCGUCGUGAUGCGGAACCUCUGUCGGAAGGACGAAUCCAGGGGUGGUAUCCGUCAGUGUGCGUACUACAAGUGCGGCAAAUGGGAAGAAUUUACACGACAAUUUGCAAAAUGCCGCCGUUGUCGUCGCACCAAGUACUGCAGCAAGGACUGCCAGAAAGCAGCGUGGCUAUAUCACCGACACUGGUGCGCCACGCCAUGA